UGUUUAGAUCAUCGUGAGCAGAAUCAUGGACGAACUUGUGCCCAUUCCAAGGGAAAACUGGGCGGACCUACGCGAUUUGUUCCGGACAAGCUGGCCUGCGCAUGAACUACCUCACAAUGUAGUUCAAAAUUACAUCGAUUGGAUCCAAAUUGAUGCGAAAAUUGCAAAUUUGCAAAUAUUUAGUUUGAAUGGAGCAUGGCGCUCGGAUGGAACAUUCAUCAUAAUCGAUCGUUACGAGCUGUACUGCUACACGCUAGAAGAGUCAAACGGCAGCUUGCUACGAGCCCUUAAACUAGUCAACUGGGACUACAGCUACCGGAUUUGUGCCAUGCUGGACCGUCACCAACCUGCCCUGGAAGCGGUAUAUUCAGAGCAUCCCCAUUGCAACCCACUUCGGACUCCAAACCACGUGCUUUAUCUGUCACGGGAGAAAGCUCUCCAGCUGGAGAUCAUCCUGCCGGAAGGUUUUCGACUAGCCAAUCUGGACCUGAAGCAUGCCUCCCAAAUCAACCAAGCUUGGCCGUUUCAAUGUGACGGUUCGGAGUUCACCGUCAAGCGGUGUCUAGCGUGGAACACCAACGUUGGCUUGUUCAACGAGGAAGACGAACUGGUUGGAUGGUGUUUGCACUCGAACUUGGGCUUUCUCAGCUAUCUGCACGUGGACGAUCGGUGCCGUAAUCGAGGAUUUGGGGAGUUGAUGGUGAGGGCGAUUUCGCGAAAGGUCGCCGAAAAGGGUCUAAAUGUUUACGGCGGAGUUCGACCGGAUAAUGGACCGUCGAGAAGACUUUUUCAGAAGGUUGGAUUUGAGCAGAGACAGGCAAUCGCAUGGAUUAGGAGUAGGGCGGGAAAGUUGGUUGAGUGGGGGAUUUCGUAAAGUUUUAGUUUAUCAGGUUUUCGAC